UUUAUUUAUUAUAUUAUGAGAAUGAAUCCUACUACUUCUGGUUCUGGGGUUUCCACGCUUGAAAAAAAAAACCUGGGGCGUAUUAUCCAAAUCAUUGGUCCGGUACUAGAUGCGGCCUUUCCGCCAGGCCAGAUGCCUAAUAUUUAUAACGCUCUGGUAGUUAAAGGCCGAGAUACUGUUGGUCAACCAAUUAAUGUGACUUGUGAGGUACAGCAAUUAUUAGGAAAUAAUCGAGUUAGAGCUGUAGCUAUGAGUGCUACAGAUGGUCUGAUGAGAGGAAUGGAAGUGAUUGAUACGGGAGCUCCUCUAAGUGUUCCAGUCGGUGGAGCGACUCUAGGACGCAUUUUUAAUGUGCUUGGAGAGCCUGUUGAUAAUUUAGGUCCUGUAGAUACUCGUACAACAUUUCCUAUUCAUCGAUCUGCGCCUGCCUUUAUACAGUUAGAUACAAAAUUAUCUAUUUUUGAAACAGGAAUUAAAGUAGUAGAUCUUUUAGCACCUUAUCGCCGCGGGGGAAAAAUCGGACUAUUUGGUGGAGCUGGGGUUGGUAAAACGGUACUCAUUAUGGAAUUGAUUAACAAUAUUGCCAAAGCCCAUGGGGGGGUAUCCGUAUUUGGCGGAGUGGGUGAACGUACUCGUGAAGGAAAUGAUCUUUACAUGGAAAUGAAAGAAUCUGGAGUAAUUAAUGAAGAAAAUAUUGCAGAAUCAAAAGUGGCUUUAGUUUAUGGCCAGAUGAAUGAACAGAAAUGGAGAGCAAUUUGA